AUGAAUAAGUUUUGUGACGAUUUUGUACAGGCAAUUUGUUACGAUAAAAAAACUGGAAUAUGUGCUGGCGUUGUGUUGGCUGUCAUUUUAGGUUUACUUAGUUUCUCAACUUAUUUAGUAUUUAAACCAAUUGAAUGCGUCGAAGAUAAACCGAAAACCUUAUUCUCGUUAAGAGGGGGCCUCGGUUUCUACAAGGAGGUCAAGUGCAAAGAAACAUCCAUUGUAGGAUCUCCAUUUGUGGUGGCGUUAAUUGAUAGGGACCUCCACGUACACGUUUGUACCGGUAUUAUUAUAGCACAAAAUUGGGUCUUAACAGCUGCUGAUUGCCUCUCAUCGUGUAAUGGUGAAAAGUGUAUUAAUUUUGCAAUACGGAUAGACAGCAGUUACAGUAAUAGAGGUGGUACAAUUAACAAUAUUACAUUGGUAGUAAGACAUCCUCUGUACGAAAUUAGCACUUUGGACAAUGCCUUGGCUUUACUUAAAACGGAUGGGCACGUAUUGCACCACAAAAUCAAAAUUGGGCCGCCUUUAGAGGUUGGAACCAAAGGUAUUUUACUUGGUUGGAGUCCACAUGGGAAAGUAGAUUUACACGGAGACAACACAUUAAAGAAAAUGUAUUUUAAGGCAGAACCAAAGAUAAUAUGUAGUUACAGGCUGAAAGGUGACUAUCUGAAAAUUCCAUUGUCAGAACAUGCCAGUUGCAUAACUUUGGAUGAGGAGGGUUGCUACACAGAUCCAGGAGGACCAUUGAUAAACCGUAACAAACUAGUAGCAAUGGUAAUAUUUGGAAAAAUAUGCUACAAUUGUGAUUCCCAAGUGACGAUCGCCACCAAUAUCUACCCUUACAUCGAGUUUAUAAAUAAAUUUAUUAAUAAUUAG